UCCUACACAUGAACAAAAGUAGAACAAUGGGAACCAGUGUUGAUAUCAUAGUUACGAGUGAACUAGAAGAAGAAGAGGAGCUAGAAGAAAAGGAAUCUUUAACAAAUAUGGAAUAUGAUAAACUUGUAAAGAGUACGAGGUUUACUGAGUAUGAGAUUGUGCAGCUCUGGAAUAGUUUUAAACAGGAUUUUCCAUCAGGGAAAAUAAACAGGAAUCAGCUGACUCAACUCGUAAGAAAGGUGUUUCCCAGGUGUAACGACGAGCUAGUGAUUGAAAAUAUUUUUAGAAUAUUUGAUCCUGACAAAACUGGUUCAGUCAGUUUUAAUGAGCUUUUGAUGGCGUUUUCAAUGUCUAUGCGGGGUUCAGUUGAAGAGAAGCUGAAGUGGGCCUUCAAGCUGUACGACAAGGAUGGGAGCGGGGAGAUUGACAGGGAGGAGAUGGAGGACAUCUUCAUCAAACUUUGCAAGAUAAGUGCCGGGCCUAGUCCUAUCAGUGUAGAGAGAAUUAAGGAGAAGAAGGAAGAGGACUUAAAGAAACAAAAACAAGAAGAAACAAAACAAGAAGACAGAAAAAAAGAUGAAAAACCAAAAUUAAAGGAUAAACCUAAAAGACCUGUUCUGAAGAAAAGCAAAGAACUGGAAACAAUUGUACUGUUUUCUAAUAAACACAG